CUGGUAAUAGUCUUGCAUGGGGAGGCGGGCACAGGGUAACGCACGGAACAGGGUUUGAGAGCUGCAGGGAGAGGAGCCGCACCGUGUUCCCGGAGACUGUCCGCACACACCCAUCUUCGCGCCGCCUCACAGGAGCGCUCCCCCUGCUGGCUGUGGCCGAACAGGCUGUGCCUCCUCACAUAUGGAUGUCGUCCAGGCUGGGCAGGAAAGCCCCUGGAGCGGCGGAGGGAGAGGGGGGCCGGUGCUGCACAUAGUGGUGGUGGGCUUUCACCACAAGAAGGGCUGCCAGGUGGAGUUCUCCUACCCCCCCUUGAUUUAUGGAGAGGGGCACGAUAGCCACAUAUUACCUGAAGAGUGGAAGUACUUGCCAUUUCUUGCGUUGCCAGAUGGUGCACACAACUUCCAAGAAGAUACUGUAUUUUUUCACCUCCCUCCAAGAAGUGGAGAGCGGAAGACUGUGUAUGGGGUCUCUUGUUACAGGCAGAUUGAAGCAAAGGCCUUGAAAGUGCGUCAAGCAGAUGUUACCCGGGAAACUGUACAGAAAAGUGUUUGUGUGUUGAGUCAGCUGCCCCUGUAUGGAUUACUGCAAGCAAAGCUUCAGUUAAUUACUCACGCCUACUUUGAAGAGAAGGAUUUUUCACAAAUAUCAAUCCUUAAGGAGCUAUAUGAACAUAUGAAUGGCUCAUUGGGAGGAAGUGCAUUAGAGGUGUCUCAGUUAUAUCUGGGCCUUUCUCCAAGAGAUCUGAUUCUUCAUUUUAGACUUAAGGUUUUAAUUUUGUUUAAACUGAUUCUUCUUGAGAAAAAGGUCCUUUUUUACGUCUCCCCCGUUAACAGAUUAGUGGGGGCAUUGAUGACUGUUUUGUCUCUCUUCCCAGGCAUGAUUGAGCACGGACUCACAGACAGUUCACAUUACAGGCCGCGGCAGAGUGUUGCAGAUGAGGGGGAACUUCACACAUUUCCAACAUCUAAAGACUGGAGCCCUCCAGCUCCUUCUCAUAUUUCCAGUGCAAAAGAUGUAGACAAUGGAUCCAAAAAUGACUAUUUAAUAGAGUACAGCAAAUCAGAAAUGCCGGCAUCUGAACAAGAAGUGGACACUAAUGGCAGUGUGGAACAUCUGAGGCCUCCAUCUCACACAUCCCCUGAAUCUGUGGAAAGUGACUGGGAGACACUGGAUCCAAGCAUACUGGAAGAGUGCAUUGCAGCAGAUGAAGGGGAAGUGUGGAAUUUAGGGACAGGGCACUCUGAAACCCUUAAUAAGGACCCAGUCCAUUCUGGAAGUGUUCCCAUAACCGUGCAGCCUCAGUCUAAAACAGGCCAGGCUGUAUUUGUUCCAGGACUAAUAUCUGGACUAGAAGAAGACAAAUAUGGAAUGCCUUUGGCCAUUUUUACUAAGGGGUACUUGUGUUUACCAUACAUGGCGCUGCAGCAGCAUCAUCUACUUUCUGAUGUUAGUGUUCGUGGUUUUGUAGCUGGAGCCACUAACAUCCUCUUCCGGCAACAGAAACAUCUCAGUGAUGCCAUUGUUGAGGUAGAUGAAGCUCGGAUCCAUAUUCAUGACCCUGAGCUGAGGAAGAUCCUGAACCCUACAACUGCUGACCUCCGAUUCAUUGACCACUUGGUAAAGCAUGUCACUGAGAACCGGGAUGACGUCUUCCUUGAUGGCACAGGCUGGGAGGGAGGAGACGAAUGGAUCAGGGCACAGUUUGCUCAUUACCUGCAUUCUUUGCUGUCUGCCACUGCACAACCAGACAAUGAAAAGAUGCUGUCAGACUAUGGAUCUGCUUUUAUAGGAAUGUGGAAAAUUACACACAACUAUAGAGUGUGGAACAGCAAUAAACACCCAGCUCUUGCUGAAGUGAAUCCAAAUCAUCCAUUCCAGGGCCAAUACAGUGUGUCAGAUGUAAAGUUAAGAUUUUCACACUCUGUACAGAACAGUGAGAGGGGGAAGAAGAUAGGCAACGCCGUUGCUACCACAAGUCGGAGCAUGGUACAGACUGGUAAAGCUGUAGGUCAGUCUGUUGGAGGAGCUCUUAUCAGUGCAAAGUCCGCCAUGUCCUCCUGGCUUUCUACCUUCUCUCAACCAUCAACCCAGGAACAACAGGAAGAUAAACAAUGAAUAAAACAUGAACUGUUCUCUCCCUCUCUGACUUCCUCUUCAUUGUGAACUUUGUUGUUCUCUAUAUUUACAUCAGAUUUUUAUCCUUUGGUGUAAUUAUCUUACUAGACUGGGCUGGUUGUACCAUGGAAAAAAGCAACAAUAUAAGUCACAAAUAAUGAUUAUUGCAGUUGUCUAUAGCAAGUUUACAUUGUACAUGGUAUUUUUACUUUAUGGUUAAAUCUAUUUAAUUUUACAUUUCGCAUUCACUGUUGCUGAAGAUUAAUUAAUCAGUUGGUAUUUCCAUAAAAUUGUGCUUAAAUUCUAUCCCAGCUAAAAUGUGUUAAAUUUAAGAUUGAGGCUGCUGUAUUUCAAGUUAAAGAGCGAUAUGCAGAAUAUUGUUGACUGCACUAUUAUAUCAUUUAUAAUCUAGAUUAGACAUAUAUCUUCAAAGCUAUACGUAAAUUUUGUUCUCUUCAUGACGGUGUCAAAUUUAAAGAGUGCUCCUCCUAUUAUAUUCAUUUCACAAAAAUUAGAAUGUUUGAGUAUAAACAUUUGGUAGACCCAAUUUUAAAAUUAUUUAAAAAAAAAAAAAAUGUCUAACUGUUGCGUACUGUAUAAUACCCCUUUUACACGUAGUCAAAUUCCCGGGUGGAGACGUUCCACCUGGUAAUUUGCCGAUAAAAGCGGGUCCUAUUUCUGUGUGAAAGGGUAAACCCGUGUUGAAAUUCCCUGGACUUAGACCGAGGAAUUUACCAGGGUUUGAGACCUGGAAAUUUCAACCAUGGUUGACCCUUCCACACAGACGAAAUACCCGUUUUGAUCUGCAAAUUACCGGGUAGAAAUUCUUGACCCAGUAAUUUGCUUGUCUGUGUGAAAGUGGGUCAGGCAGGGACUGGCAAAAUUACCCGGCACUGAAAUGCUGGGUAACAGCUGGGUAAUUCAAACAUUUCUGUCUGAAGAGGGUAUUAAAUCGAUAUUACAUAAAUACUGUAACUUUGUGCUCAGAAGAUUCUAUCCUCUUGUUUGGGAUUGGUUUCUAUAGUUUCCUAUUUACCUCUUGGCCAGUUUCCCAUCCUGUGCACAACCUCCCAUCUCCAAAAUUCUGAACCAUUCCGUUUUAGAAUAUCAUGUACUGUAAUGUAACAUGCAUUUGUACAUUUCCAUUUAAGUCGUGUCAUAUAAAAGAAUAAUGGAGAUGAGUAGGUGAAAGUUUGGCUGUUUAUUAGAAGUAUUUUGUGCCUAAAUCAGUGGAGCAUAAUAUCCGUUUUCCUUAAACAUGUUCUACCUAUAUAUGGUAAUACAGAUUUUACCCUUUUUGUUUUCAGAAGUAAAAACUAAAACUCCAGUUUUCAGGAACUGCUGCUAUAAACUAUUAAAUAUACAGUUCUUCUUAUGGAAACUAAUUUAAUUGUGUACCGUUUAUGAGCUGCUGUUUUUAUUGUUGGAAAUCAUUAGCAAUUUAAUUUUUUAUUUUCAUUUGGGUAGUUUGCUAUUUAGAUAUGAUUUUCACUGAUUUGUAUGACCUUCAGCUGUUUAGGAUAUAAGUCAUGUGAAACUAGUAUACUGUGACUUUACAUUUGGUUUUAAAAUUAAUGUGUUAUCUCCAUGCAAAAUAACACUUCUGAUUAGAAUAUGGGUCUUCAACCUCUGGCCCUCCAGCUGUUGUAAAACUACACAUCCCAGUAUGCCUUGCCUCACUUUUAACAUGCCUUAAUAGCAAAACUGUAGCAAGCUAUGCUGGGAUAUGUAGUUUCACAGCAGCUGGAGGGCCACAGUUGAAGACCCAUGGAUUAGAAUAUGAAGAUCAAAUCAGGAUUUAUUGUAUUGUAAGCUUGCGGCACAAUGAAUCCUUGUCACAGAGCAUGCCACUUGCGCUGCCUGCCUCUAGCUUCUAUAUAAUAUAUAUAUAUAUAUAUAUAUAUAUAUAUAUAUAUAAUAUAUCUCUCUCAUGUGGUACCCUCCAGGUGACUGGAUGUCAAUAGAUAGUAGCAGAGUAUUGGCGGCACUCAUCAGACUCAAGAACAAUCCUUAAUUUAGUGUCAUUUUAUGAGACCAACAGGCCGACAUGUUUCGGGGAUAUACCCCGUCCUCAGGGCCAAACAGGCACCCCUAUGCCAAAAGUUUCUGAUUGAGAAAUUCAGGUAAAAUUACAAACAGAGUACAUUGGCCAAAUGUAUUAAGGCCUUAAAAAGUGAUAAAGUAGAGUGAUAAAGUACCAACAAAUCAGCUCCUGUAUCUUUUUUUUUUAACACAUUCUAUAAUAUGGCUGCUGAUUGGCUGAUACUUUAUCACUCUCCACUUUAUCACUUUUUAAGGCUUAAUACAUUUUGUCUGUUGUGCUUACCGGUCACCCUUAAGUUCAUUCAGGAUUGUGCGUGUGUUGAUCCACACAUUUUAUGAUUGGCGUCCACCAGCACUGUUUUUUCUUGUCACAUGGACAAUAAAUUUAAUUUUGUCCUGGACCAACAACCCGUGGCACCACUGGGAACCACUGUAUUAGUGGGUGUAGGUAAUGUGGCAUAGUAUAGGUACUUAGACAUUAUCAUGCCUUUUGGCUGAACCAUUUUGGAGGGAGCCUGAUAGGUGGGAAAUGCAGAUGCAAACUUUUUUUUUAUUUUAAGAAAAUCUCUAGCUUUGUCUGUAGCGAGUUUCUUAUUAUAAUUUAUGGUGACAGUUUAAUUUUAUUUCUGACCGUUAUUAGAUUCUAGAAUUGAGAUGCACAAAUUUUUGUUGUUAAAUAAUAUAUUUAAUGUUUUAGUAUGUAUAUGGUAUUGAUUAGACUGAAAUGUGUACAUAGUGAAGGAUGAAAAGACUUUCAGAACUGAAAUGUAAUUGUGCUUAGUGUGGUUACAAAACCUAUAUAUGUAUGAGCCUCUGUAACUCCACUCCCUUGUUUUCUGAUGUCUGUUGUAUGAUACUUCAGAUUGCUGUAUAUAGAGAUUAAUGUAAGCCUCACUUUUCACCAA